GCAACUUUGUUCAAGGCAACAAUGGAUUAAUAUUGUUCAUCUGUAGUUCAAUGCCAUUCAUUUUAAGGCCUCCAAGGAAUACAAUAUGCGGGGCCUGCUACGAAGGUGCCAUAAAUGUAAUCACUUUGAUGAACAAGCUCGAAAUUGAUCAUCAUUGUAAAUCAACUUCAGCAUCUUCUUCACCAAAUUCUUGCAAGCCACUUGGGAAUCUUAGCAAGGGGAUAGCAAACAUGAAGGAGAUGGAAGAAGAUCUAACCAAGAAAAUAAGCUUCUUGAGUGGACUUAUAGUGGCUUUUAGAGAUCAAAUUCACACUGAUAUUCAGCUCAAACCUGGCAACGACGGUCCUUCCAUGCCAGCUCACAGGGCUUUACUUGAAGCAAGAUCAGAGAUAUUCAGGAACAUGCUAGAUUCAGACGGCUGCAAAGCUCCACCAAGUGAUACAAUUACUCUACCGGAGAAACAUGCGUACUCGUUGUUCGAGGCGUCCCACAAGUACGAUAUUCCCAACUUGCAAGAUUUCUGCGAAAGAUACAUGUUCAGCUCAUUGAACGCCUCCAAUGUUCUUGAAAUUCUUGAGAUCUCCGAUGUUUGUUCCAACAAAACAUUAAAGGAAACUGCUUUGAACUCGAUUGUUAGAAAAAUGGAGGACGUUGUGUUUUCGGCAACGUAUGAAGGUUUUGCACCCAACAAUCUUCAUCUUGGGGUGCAGAUUACAAGGGAAUUUUUAAUGGAUGCCAAAACCAAAAGAAUUAAUGGAGUUUGA